AUGGCGGCUUCUCUGUCAACCAUGGCGCUGGCUACCGCCGCUAAGCCUCCCCUCCUCGGCCCGCAAAUCCUGCAGAUUCAAAGCGCUCAUUCGACCACCCUUUCUCUCCGAUCCGACCAAAUGUUCACUGCCAUCUCCAUUCCCUCGCGAAGGCCGUCGCUUCCACGCGUUCGAUCCGCUGGAUCGCCGUCGCAUCAGGAGUACGAGACCUUUCCCCGGAGCCUCAAGUCCCGCCUAGCCGCUGGCGAGACCCUCUACGGCCUCUUCCUCCUCAGCGCCUCCCCGACUCUCGCCGAGAUUGCCGGCCUCGCCGGCUACGACUACGUCGUCGUCGACAUGGAGCACGGCCCCGGGGGCAUAUCCGAUGCCCUCCCCUGCCUCCGAGCCCUCGCUGCCGCGCACACCCCUGCCGUGCUCCGCCUCCCGGAGCCCUCCGCCGUCUGGGCCAAGAAGGCCCUUGAUAUAGGCCCCCAGGGCAUCAUGUUCCCCAUGGUCGAUUCUCCCGCCGCCGCCGCGCACGCCGUCUCCUGCUGCCGCUUCCCACCGCGCGGCGUGCGCGGCUCCGCCCACACCGUCGUCCGCGCCUCCGCCUACGGCCUCGACGACGGGUACCUAGCCCGCUGCGAGGAGGAGCUGUUGGUGAUGUGCCAGGUGGAGUCGGUGGACGCCGUGUCGGAGAUCGAGGCGAUCGCCACCGUCGAGGGGGUCGACGUGAUCCAGAUGGGCCCUCUGGAUCUGAGCGGGAGCAUGGGCUACCUGUGGGAUCCGGGAAACAAGAAGGUGCGCCAGGUGCUUCGGGAGUUGGAGAGAAGGGUUCUCGGUCUGAAGAAGAGGCAGUCAGAGGCGAACGCUGCGGCUGAGGGAGGGAGUGCCAGCCUCGGAGGCCCCUAUCUGGGGGGCUUCGCAAUGCCGCACGAUCCGCCGGAGGAGCUGAAGGCGAGGGGGUAUCACAUGGUGGCGGGGGCAGUGGACGUUGGGCUGUUCCGCCAGGCGGCGGCGGAAGACGUGCGGCGGUUCCGGCGGGCGGAGGUGGAGAUCGGCGAAGAGGGGCACGAGGACGAGAAGCCGAGGGACGAGUCCUACUGGAGCGAGUGAGCUGAGUUGUCGAGUCGAACUGGAAAGGCCGAGUCAGUUAGGAGUCGAGCCCAAGAGCUAUGUUAUUGACUUGUUUUUGUUUGCGUGUUGCUGUUCUUUAAUGGAUUCACCAGUUUGGAAUAGCAGGAUAAGUAAUUAAAAAUUAAAUAAAUUAUUUUGUUUCAAAUCAA